AUGGCCCUGGUCCUGUGGAUCUUCGGUCUGCUGGGCUCUGCCAGCUCAGUGUGGGCCAACAUCUUUGAAUACCAGGUGGACAUGCAGCCCCUCCGUCCAUGCGAGCUGCAGAGGGAACGGGCUUUCCUGAAGCGAGAGGAUUAUGUCCCCCAGUGCUCUGAAGAUGGCAGCUUCCGGACUGUUCAGUGCAGGAAGGACGGCCGGGCCUGUUGGUGUGUGGGUGCUGACGGCAGGGAGGUGCCAGGCAGCAGGCAGCCUGGGCGGCCAGCGUCUUGUCUGUCCUUCUGUCAGCUGCAGAGACAGCAACUCUUGGUGAGCGGCUACAUUAACAGCACGGCCACCUCCUACCUGCCCCAGUGUCAAGACUCGGGGGGCUACACGCCUGUCCAGUGUGACGUGUGGCGGCUGCAGUGCUGGUGUGUGGACGUGGAAGGCACGGAGGUGUACGGGACCCGGCAGCGGGGCAGGCCAGCACGCUGUCCAAGGAGCUGUGAGAUAAGAAACCGUCGCAUCCUCCAUGGGGUGGGGGACAAGUCGCCCCCCCAGUGCACCCCAGAAGGAGAGUUCAUGCCUGUCCAGUGCAAGUUUGUCAACACCACAGACAUGAUGAUUUUUGAUCUGGUCCAGAGCUACAACAGGUUUCCAGAUGCAUUCGUGACCUUUAGGACCUUCCAGAGCAGGUUCCCCGAGGUGUCCGGGUAUUGUCACUGUGCUGACAGUCAAGGGCGGGAACUGGCUGAGACAGGUUUGGAGCUGUUACUGGAUGAGAUUUACGACACCAUUUUUGCCGGCCUGGACCUGGCUUCCACCUUUGCUGAAACCACCCUGUACCGGAUAUUGCAGAGACGGUUCCUAGCCGUCCAAUUAGUCAUCUCCGGCAGAUUCCGAUGCCCCACAAAAUGUGAAGUGGAGCAGUUUACAGCAACCAGCUUUGGCCACCCCUACAUUCCAACCUGCAGCCGAAAUGGGGACUACCAGCCAGUGCAGUGCCAAAGGGAAGGGCCAUGCUGGUGUGUGGACGCCCAAGGAAAGGCGAUCCAGGGGACUCAGCGGCAAGUGGGGCUGCCAUCUUGUGCUGAGGACAAAUCCUGCACCUCAGAAAGACGGCAGGCCUUGUCCAGACUCUACUUUGGGCCCUCUGGCCACUUCAGCCAGCACAAUUUGUUCUUUUCUCCUGAGGAAAGGCAGGCCUCUCAGAGAGUGGCCAGAUUCUCCUCAUCCUGCCCACCUCUGUUCAGGGAGCUGUUUGUUGACUCUGGCCUUCUCCGCCCCAUGGUAGAGGGGCAGGAUAAACAGUUUCCCGCCUCACAAAGUCUUCUCAAAGAAGCCAUCAGAGCAAUUUUCCCCACCAGAGAGCUGGCUCGUCUUGCCCUUCGGUUUACCAUGGACCCCAAGCGACUCCAGCAAAACCUAUUUGGAGGGAAAUUUUUGGUGAAUGUUGGCCGGUUUAAUGUGUCUGGAGCCCUUGGAACAAGAGGCACGUUUAACUUCGGUCAGUUUUUCCAGCAACUUGGCCUCCCAGCCUUCAAGAAGGGAGAGGAAUUCAUGGAUGUAGCCAAGCAGUUCUCUGUGGGACCUGAUGCAAACCUUGCCACGAAAACCCCUAAUGCCUCUGAGGAGGCUAUGAAUCUGCCACUCGUGGGCAGCUUUGGCUUCAAAAUUAACUUACAGGAGAACCAAAAUGCUCUGAAUUUCCUUGCUUCUUUCCUGGAACUUCCAGAAUUCCUUCUCUUCUUGCAGCAUGCUAUUUCCGUGCCAGAGGAUGUAGCCCAGGAUUUAGGGGACGUGGUGGAAAUGGUGCUCAAUUCCCAGGACUGUGAGCAGCCAUCCACAAAGCUUUUUGUCCCAUCAUGCACAGCAGAAGGGAGCUACGAGAAUGUCCAGUGCUCUGCCGGGGAGUGCUGGUGUGUGGAUUCCCAGGGCAAAGAACUUUUUGGCUCGAGAGUUAGAGGUGGACAACCCAGGUGCCCCACGGAGUGUGAAAAGCAAAGGGCACAAAUGCAAAGCCUCAUGGGUAGCCAGCCCGCUGGGUCCAGCUUAUUUGUCCCUUCUUGUACCAGCGAGGGGCAUUUCCUACCUGUCCAAUGCUCCAACUCAGAGUGCUACUGUGUGGACGCUGAGGGUCAGGCUAUCCCUGGAACUCGAAGUAUAACAGGAGAACUCAAACAGUGCCCCACGCGCUGUCAGUUACAGGCAGAGCAAGCUUUCCUGGGGACAGUGCAGGCCCUGCUCUCCAAUUCCAGCCUACCACCUGCUCUCUCCAGCAUCUACAUCCCACAGUGCAGUGCUGAUGGGCAAUGGAGACACGUACAAUGCGAUGGGCCUCCCGAGCAGGCCUUUGAGUGGUACCAACGGUGGGCAGCUCAGAACAACAGUGGCCAGGAGCUGACCCCUGCUGAGUUGCUAAAGAGGAUCAUGAGCUAUAGAGAAGUGGCUUCCAAAAGCUUCCGCCUCUUUAUCCAAAGUCUGUAUGAGGCUGGCCAACAAGAUGUCUUCCCAGGGCUGGCAAGAUACUCUGCUUUCCAAGACGUCCCACAGGCAGUCCUGGAAGGCAACCUGACCCAGCCUGGAGAGAACAUCCUCCUGGAGCCCUACCUCUUUUGGCAGAUCCUAAAUGGCCAGCUCAGCCGGUACCCAGGGCCCUACUCAGAUUUCAGCGCUCCUUUGGCACACUUUGACCUUCGAAGCUGCUGGUGUGUGGAUGGGGCCGGUCAUGAACUGGAAGGCACUCAGGCUGAGCCAAGCAAGGUUCCAGCAUGCCCUGGCCCCUGUGAGGAAGUGAAGCUUCGUGUCCUGCAGUUCAUUAAGGAAGCAGAGGAAAUCGUCUUGGCUUCCAACAGUUCUCAGUUCCCUCUGGCAGACAGCUUUCUAGCCGCCAAGGGAAUCCGGCUGACCAAUGAGGAGCUCUCCCUUCCUGGGCCCUUCUCAUCCCGGGAGACAAUCGCUGAGAAGUUUCUGAGGGGAAGUGACUAUGCCCUUCGCUUGGCGGCCCAGUCCAGUGAGUACUGUACUUCAGCGCCUUGUUCCGUGUCUUUGGGGAAGCGAAAAGUUGGAUUAGUCUCCUUGGUUUCUCCAGGCGAUGAGUCUUGA